AUGCCCCCACCGCCCGCUCGUCCGGCCUCCUCGCCCGCCCGUCCGGCCUCCUCGCCCACCCGUCCGGCCUCCUCUCCCACCCCUCCUUGCCGACCGACCGCCCGUCUCCCUGGUUUCGCCCGCCCGUCCUCGCCGCCCGACCGCCCUCCUCUCUCGCCCGCCCGUCCUCGCCGACCGUCUGGGGCUCCUCUCCCCAAGCGAGACCGGCGCCCUCCCGCACGGCGUCCCCCUUUCACCAAGCGAGCAGUUCCUCUCCCCAAGCGCGACCGGCGCCCUCCCGCACGGCGUCCCCCUUUCCCCGAGCAAUGCAGCUCUUCCCCCUACCCUCUCUGUCGCUUGGGGCGCGCUGGAGCCGUGGGACGUUUCUCCCUACACCUUGAGCGAGCUGCACUGUAA